AGCAAAUUUAGGGUUAUAACUUAUAAUUACGGGAUUAUUGUAGAUAAAGGAUCGUUUUUGUCAUUUUCUUGGAAAAAGUUUCAAUUAUCUCUUUAUCAUGUUAGUCAAUAGAAUUUGUUAUAUUUAAUUAAAAGGGCAUUGAUAAUUUCCAACAACCAGCAAGAGGAAGUAGACAUGUUACACAGACCAGCUCCACAGUAAACCCUGAGAAAAAAGAUGGCUUCAGAUUCAACUGAGCCAACAGCUUCCAAAAUUGUAGCAAAGCUAAACUUGAAGCCACACCCAGAAGGCGGAUUUUACUCUGAAACAUUCAGAGACUUCUCUGUUAUUCUCUCCACAUCUCACCUUCCACCUACUUUUAAGGUUGAUCGACCUAUCAGUACAUGCAUUUACUUCUUGGUGCCUUCUGGAAGUUCGUCUCACCUUCAUCGGAUACCAUGUUCAGAAACAUGGCAUUUUUACAUGGGAGAGCCACUUACGGUGAUGGAACUAAAUGAGACUGAUGGCAAGGUGAAGUUAACUUGCAUCGGACCUGAUCCGCUUGCAGAUGAUCAACUGGUGCAAUAUACAGUACCUCCAAACGUAUGGUUUGGCGCAUUUCCCACGAGGGACUUCAGCAUUUCUGCUGACAUGAAAGUAACAAAAGCGCCUGCCAGGGAUGGUGAGAAGCACUUCUCUUUAGUUGGAUGCACCUGUGCUCCAGCAUUCCAGUUUGAUGAUUUUGAACUGGCGAAACGUUCUGAGCUCGUUUCGCGUUUUCCUGCUCAUGAAUCCCUCGUCUCUUUGCUCACUUUCCCCGAGUGAACAGGCUUAGUCUUUUGUUUCUUUCGCUAGUUUCUUUAAAAGAUCUGUACUUAUAUUGUCUCCAUCAUAUUUGGGCAACCUGGGCCUUGGAAACAGUUGCUCAUUUCCUGUCUCAUCUUAGUAUUCAAGCUAUUGGUGUGUAGUUUGAUCUGAGUGUCAAUAAAAGAUGAUCAGUGUGCUAUUUAGUUGAAUAAUUUCCUUUUUAAGCA